UUUUUUUUCGUUAUCGGUAAAAAGUAUCCACAUUUUAGAUAGGUGUUCUUUAAAAUACAUAUGCAAUGUUAUACAUUUUUAAAAAGCUAAGGUUCUCAAGAUUUUAAAUAUGUAACUGUCAUCGGUAAAUACUUGCUUGAAUUUACACAAAAAAUUAUUAAUUUAAAAAACACAACCCGAGAAAACUGCAUAAAUUUACCGCCAUUUCACAAAGUACAAAGCUGCAGUUGAACGGCAAAUUGGGUAUUAAAUUCCAACCGCACUUCCAUGAACGGAUUCUCGAAUAUUCAGUAGACAAAACUAAAACUUUUGGCCGAUUUAUUUUUUCUAAAAUCACUUUUAUUUUUUUUUAAGAAUGAUUUUCUUAAACGUAUGGUCGUAAGUGGUCCACAGUUUGCCGUUGUUUUUCUUUGUUUCGGACAUUUGGACUCGUAUAACUUGAUGCGUAUUCAAAUAGGAAAAACUAAAGUUAGCUGCAUGUUACUCAUUACAUUAUCUAAAUGUUGGUGUAUUAUACAUAUUUAUUAGUCUACAGUUUACUUCGCAAUGAUUAGAGAAAGAUUCAAGUCGGAGGAUGAAAAAGCGGAUUUUUUUCCCCCGUCAUGACUUGUUAUUUGUUAGAAUUUCUUAUCAAAAUGGCUACGCCCCCGAGAGAAGUUGACGAUGAAAUAGAUUUUGAUGACUAUGAAGAGCCUUGUACAGAUGAAGGAAUGUCUGAAGAAGAGGAAGAUUAUUUGGACUUCCUACUUGGUGACAAUGAGGAAGAAUUAAAUGAUUUUGAUCAUGAUGAUCCAUGGAUACCAACAGAUACUUAUAUAUCUUCACAAUCAUCAAUUGAAAGUGGAUCAAGUUCAUGUACCACCAAUAGCACAAGGAUCUACUGGAAAGAUGAAAACAGCAAUGAUGAUGGGGCUCCAGUUCAAACCAAGCAGGAAACCAGGCAUACAAUUUGGAAGAUUGUCUAG